GGUUCCGAGCCUUCGGAGGGCGCUGGGGCCGGGUGUGGAGGGGGGGGCGGGGAGGGACCCGGGCUCGCGGCCCCGCCCCCUUCUACCCCCCCUCCGGCCCUGGAGCCGCGUCCCGGCGCACCUCGGCAGCCCGGGCCAGAGCUCUUGCCCGCAGGUGUCGUUGGCGGGGCCCGACGGUGCAGCCCAGCUCGGCCUCAUGGUGGGCUUCGGGGCCAACCGGCGCGGCGGCCGCCUGCCCUCCUUCGUGCUGGUGGUGCUCCUCGUGGUGAUCGUUGUCCUCGCCUUCAACUACUGGAGCAUCUCUUCCCGCCACGUUCUGCUCCAGGAGGAGGUGACCGAGCUGCAGGCCCAGGUCCAGCGCACCGAGGUGGCCCGCGGCCGUCUGGAGAAGCGCAACUCAGAUCUCCUGCUCCUGGUGGACACGCACAAGAAACAGAUCGACCAGAAGGAGGCCGACUACGACCGCCUUAGUAGCCGGCUGCAGGCCAGGGAGGGCCUGGGAAAGAGGUGCGAGGAUGACAAGGUUAAACUACAGAACAACAUAUCAUAUCAGAUGGCAGACAUACAUCAUUUGAAAGAGCAACUUGCUGAGCUUCGCCAGGAGUUUCUUCGACAAGAAGACCAGCUUCAGGACUACAGGAAGAACAACACUUACCUUGUGAAGAGGUUAGAAUAUGAAAGCAAGAGGCCCACAAGGUUCAAUCAAAUGAUGGAAAAGAAUUGGAUGUGAAUGAUGAUGUAUUACCUAAAAAUAUUCCAAAAGUAGAUGAGAAUGCUGCAGAUAAGAAUGAAGAACCCUCGAGUAAUCAUAUUCCACGUGGAAAAGAGCAAAUCAAACGAGAUGGUGAUGCAGGGAUGCCUGGAGUAGAAGAGAAUGACCUAGCCAAAGCUGAUGAUCUUCCCACCUCUUUAAGGAAGCCCCCUGUUUUAGUUCCUGAGCAUGAAAAUCAUCAGACAAUCUCCCAUCUUCCAACUGGACAACCUCUCUCCCCAAAUAUUGCUCCAGAUUCACAUGUAAACCACAAUGGUAACCCGGGUACUUCAAAACAGAACCCUUCCAAUCCACUUCAGCGUUUAAAUCCUGGCUCAAACUUGGAGAAUGAACCCAGAAUUCAAACAGAUACACUAAAGCAAGCCAAGGACAGAGUCGGUGAUUUCCACAAGUUGAAGCAAAGCCGGUUCUUUGAUGAAAAUGAAUCCCCUGUUGAUCCGCAGCAUGGCUCUAAACUGGCGGAUUAUAAUGGGGAUGAUGGUAACGUAGGUGAGUAUGAGGCAGACAAGCAGGCUGAGCUGGCUUACAAUGAGGAAGAAGAUGGUGAUGGUGGAGAGGAAGACGUCCAAGAUGAUGAAGAACGAGAGCUUCAGAUGGAUCCUGCAGACUACGGAAAGCAGCGCUUCAAUGACGUCCUUUAAACCCUAAAGGGAAAUGCCGCACAACCUAAAGUGCUGUGAGACGGAAUCACUUGUCAUUUUUGACUGUUGCUGUAAAGAUCAGUUGUAUCGGUUGUAAAGAUACAUUGAGGUAGAUUUAAAGAAAAACUCUAAUGAAGGAAUGUACCCAUGUACAUAUGUGAACUUUUUCAUAUUGUAUUAUCAAAGCAGAGACUUUUUUGGUUAUGAUACAAUUGAGCCAAAAACAGUUGAUCUUUGCAUUUAAAGCAAACUAAUGUAUAUUUCACAUUUUAUUAAGCUUAAUUUUUUCCACAGAUAGCAAGAGAGCAUCAUGUACAGGUUAUAUGCUGCACAUAGCAUAACCACAGUGAGAAGUCACUCAACUGAAAAGAUUUUAUACACUAAUAUACUCCUGUUAGCCUGACAGGUGUUCUGUUCUGUCUACUUUUCAUUUCAUGCUCUUCAAGGAGUGGUGCCUACAGUAGUUACACAAAUGAGGGGCAACUGAAUGCCAAACGUACAACAUGUAUACAGAAUCACCUUCUUACUCCUUUUAUGUUAUAUAAGUGCCCAUGUGUUUUGGCAGAUUCGCUUUCAGUUGAGGACUCGUGGAAUUUAAGAGAACCUUCAAAGACAUAAAUAUUUAUCAGUCAUUCUUACUUAGCUUGAAACUGUUGAAUGCAUUUUCAGGGUUUUUUCCCAUAAUACCCGUACUGGUCAACUAUAGUCAGCACUGACUACCGUUUUAUUUUCGCAGUUUGCAUUGGUGAAGAUAUUCAUGAUUUAAAUGCCAGGUCCUGGAAGGGGCUAAAUCUACUUAGAAAUGAGUCUGCAAUCGUAUUUCAAAGCCCUCUUGGUAGUUUUAGUGAUUUUCUUUGACUAGAUUUUUUUUCAGGAAUACUACAUAAAGAAUUUUAACAAGUUUUUAUUAAUGCAAAAGUAAGGAUAGAAGUACAGUGAGGUCUAUAGCUGUUUUAUAAUAAUAGCUUAAAGUUUGUAAUAAAAAGGAAUCUUUGUAAUUACAAUGUUAGUUAAGAUACCAUCAACCUCAUAUUUGCUAGACUUAAAAAAAUUACAUACAUUUUGUCUUUUUUGACACUAUCCAGUAGAAUGUAUAAGCUACUUACGUGAUAAGCUAAUCCUUGUUUUCUGAUUAAAGCACUUUUACAUCUUAUCCCAUGCCCCCAAAACAAAAGGUAUUGAUCGUGAAAGAAAGUGAAGUUUGUUAAGCUUGUUCUUCAGAAGAGCUGCUGUUAAUUAGCUAUAAGUAUGAAAUAUUGGGCUGGAAGUAGCGCUGAGUGAUAGAGCACUUGCCUAGUUGCUCCCCAGCACCACAAAACAGACAGACAAACCCGAAAUCUCCCUGCCUCCCACCCCCAAGUUCCAGUCAUAGUUGAAAUCUGUAGAAAUAGAUUGUUCACUUGUUGAGGUGCAAAAUGUUUUUUACUUCAUUUUGAAGUUAUUUAAUGACCAGAAAUAAAUGCAGUCAUUGACUACAAUUUUUUCUACCAUAUCAAAGUAAGUAAUUUAUGCCUUCAUUAUCAGGACGGGCCUACAGUGAAUAAGUAUUAGCAGUUCACAGAAUUUUUUAAUGGAGUUAAAGGGAAGCGAUAUACAUCCUUUGGGGAUUAGCAUGGGGAGAUAAAUCUAAAAAUAUUCCUAGUAAUACUUCAUAUUUAAUAUUUUAAAACUUUUACAAAUGAAAACCAUAAAAUUACCUACCUUAGUUCCUUUGACAUAAAAAGUGAUCAUUUGGUUAUGUGGUAGCUGUUACUUACACAGCAGAAUUUCUUCAAUUAGCAGCUGAGGCAUUUCACAGGCUCAGAAAUCUUGGACCAAUGGAUAAUAUUUCUGAUUGUAUUAACACAUUUUAGUGCUAUAAAAUACUAUGUGACUCUCUUAAAAAUCUGACAUUCUACAAUCUGUAAUAGACAUGCUGGUUUUUAUAAUGUUUUACUUCUGCCUUAAGAUUUAGGUUUUUUAAAUGUAUUUUUGCCCUGAAUUAAGUGUUAAUUUGAUGAGAACUCUGCUUUUAAAAUCAUCACUUACUGGGUUCUAAUAAAUUAAAAAUUAAACUUA